AUGCGUGGGCGCCUGUGCGCGCUCAACCUCGACCUCAUCGAGCACAUGAAGGCCAAGUUCCACAACCGCGAGAUUGACGCCGGCGAGGUCACAAAGUGGUUCAAGGCCAACCCGGAGCAGCUCGAGGGCACCGGCCUCACCGUCGACGACGUGUCGACCGACCACAUCUUGCCGCGCUCGGCGGGCGGUGCGCACCACGUCUUCAACUACUACAUCAUGUCCAAGUCGCACAACUCACACUUCCAGAACAACUGGACUGCUGCGAAGCGCGCGUACGUCGGCAAGCAGGGAGUCAAAAUCGCCCAGGGCUUCGCCGUGUGGUGCCGCGACAAAUCGGAUGUCCAGUAUUUCAACUUCCGGCCCGCAAACUACAUGCUCAGCGAGUGA